UGAUGCUAUGCCGGAACUGGCUGGACAGUAGCAGCAGCAUCACCAGACAACCUACUGCAAGUUAGACUUAGAGAGCAGACCUAUGAUAAGAUUACUUUAAGUUCCAACUACAUGAUAACCAAAUUCAAAUAAGUAGGAUUGGCGGGCACUUUCUGUGUGAAUUCUGGCUCGGCUCAGAGCAAGAAGAAGACUUGGAGGAGGGCCAGUGAAUGGCAGUGAAUAGUAGCCGACAGAGGUCUUUUUUUUUUAUAUACAGAAUACAUAUUUCGGCUGAUAAGAAACAGGCUGGCCCGCUUAUCAGCAAUGCCCAACAAGAAGCAGUACACACGGACGGUCGAGAUGUGAGAAGCGAAAGCGGACGAAAAUAGAAACAAACGGCGAUAAAUUUACAGCGAAGGCGAAUUGUCAUACAUAAGCGAUGUGCCGCAGAGGAGUAGAGUAAUAAUCAAUCAGUUAAUCUGCCAAUUAGCCGGAGAGUGGACGUGAAAAUGAUCAGCGGGAACGGAUAGCGCGAUAGUGAGCAGUGAUCGUAACUCCGGAUAGUUCUAAACACUAACCUCAACACGUAGUUAUUUCGUAUUUGUUGUUAAAGCACCGACAAAGCCAGCCAACAUAUCAAAGAGCCAUUGAUUCUUCUCACCUAGUUAACUUGUAGAGCGUAGUUUUUGCAGCGGUACUGACUACUCAGCUGAAAGAUUUUCCCAAAGAAUUCGAAAUAAAUUUAAAUCAGUACUCUAAAUGUGCCUUGUUCGUCUUCAUCAGAGCCCAGCAUGUUGAAAUCGAAGCAGUUGCUCCAGCAGUUUUCCAAAGAGUACGCAAAGUUCACGCCGAACAACUUUAAGCUAAAGCGGGCCCUGGUGGUCACCAAGUUGUCCCGCUAUGAGUUCGAGCAGCUUCGUCAUCCGGAACUGUCGCCGGAUCAGCUGCAGCAAAAGCUGCGCGAUCGGGGAACCGACGUGGAGAUGGUACUCUAUCUGCACAAGGUGCACAAGGACUUCGAACGCCGGGUGGUGAAGAGUUUCCAGGAUGUGGGCUGCGAGGUGAAGCUGUCCAGCAGACUUGAAUUUAGAAGCUCGUUAAGCAAGGAUGUCAUGAGCUGGGCAGACGUCAUUGUGCCGGUAGGCGGCGAUGGUACCUUCCUUCUAUCCGCCGGACGCGCCAGCCCGCUCUUUGCGCUCAGCCAGCAGAAGACGCCGAUCGUGGGCUUUAACUCCGAUCCACUCCGCUCGGAGGGUCGUCUUAUGCUGCCCAAGCACUACUCGGACAAUCCCGCCGAUGCUGUCUCACGCAUCAAGAGCGGUGACUUCAAGUGGAUGCAUCGCUCGAGGGUGCGGACUACAAUGCUGGGCAGCAACGGCAAGAUCCCGGAGUCCACGGACCUUUUCCGGCACACAGAGGUUAAGAUGGAGCAGGUCACCACAGCACCCGAAAUGCUGGACCAGGACAUGGCUUACAAGUACAAGGCCAAAAUGAAACGCAUCCUUCCGUACUUGGCGCUGAACGAGGUCUUCAUUGGCGAACACCUCUCAGCCCGAGUGUCCCACUUGCAGCUGGUGCUGGAUCACCAGGACGUGGUGAACAAGACAAAGUGCUCUGGCUUGUGUGUCAGCACGGGCACGGGCUCAACAUCCUGGCAUACCAGCAUCAAUCGCAUUACCAGCCGGGAUGUGGACGACCUGUUGCGCUCUCUGCCCAACGGCAACUCGGAGGACGUUAAGUUGCUGCGCCAGAAUGCCGAGGAGAUCGCCCAGCGGUACAACCAGGGGCUGCUAUUCGCGCCUGAUGAUCCCCGUCUGUGCUACUCGAUCCGGGAGCAAAUCUGCGUAGGCGUGUGGCCCUCGCCAAAGACUUUUAAAGAGCGUGAUUUUGUGCAAACCGUGUUUGUCAAGUCGCAUUGCAUCGAUGCCAACCUGGUCAUUGAUGGCAGCAUUUCGUUCCCAUUCAACGAUGGCGCCAAGGCUUUGCUGGAGGUCCAUCCAGAGGAUGCCCUUCUGACAAUCGCCUUAGACUGAAUCCAGUGAUGCGUUCUAAGUGCCUGGUUAUCUAGCCCUAGCAUGUCUGAAUUUUUGAAAUUAUUUAAGUAUGCAUUUUGCAACUACUACUUAGCAGUGUAAGCUCAAAAGUUAUUUUGUUAUUAUAUAAACAUAUAUUUAAACAUCACGUUUAA